AUGGCAGAUCUGGCUAAAUUUGCACUUCCGGCCACAUUGAGUUUACUGGAGGCUGCAGUCGAGCGUCUUUUUGCAGCUGCGAAAGGGGCAGGGUGCUUUGUGAGCCCAAAGAUUAAGCGAGGCUGCGUCCCACCAUUGAACAUUCCCGGCUUGGUGGCAGUGGAAGCAAUUGAGGAGGGGGAGGAACUGAUCCGAAUUCCCAGCGCGUUUCACAUCACGCCACCCUCUGUGGAAAAAGCAGCCCCUGCUCUUGCCGAAGCGGCCUGGCUAAAUGCAUUCACUGCAUGCAGUGCAGCUUGUGCGCUGCACGCCUUUUUCGUGGCCCGCUUGCUGGCCGAUGCUCAGGUUCAGACCCGACUCAUUCAUCGGACCCAUCUUGAUUUGGCAGCCUUUUUUUGGGUUGGAUUCUUUUGUGUUGCGCAGGUGUGGGAAGCUUAUGCCGACACUCUUCUGACAGAGGAUUUUUCAUAUCAUCCAUUCCGCUUGGCUGCUUGCAGUCCGGCUGAAAUGCGGAGAGAUUUGACACCAUCCCAGGAGGCUGAGUACUUCAUUGACAUGGCUGGCGAGACGGUUUUGGUGAGGUUUCCGAAGUUUCCUCAGCUUAUGACAGAACUUGGCAAGAGCUGGAAAAGCCAGGCAGAGAUGUUCUUGCGUGCGCGCAUGAGCGCGCAAACCAGGGUCUUCCAGACAUGUGUGGACACGACACUGGUGCCAGUGGCAGACCUACUCAACCAUUCGCCCACCUUGACUCCGGGAGUUUUGUGGAGCUGGGAUGCAGAGGCAGAGGCCAUGAUUGUGACGGCUGUCCGGGUGGGCAGCCCAUUUGUCCUCAGCGUGCAAUUCCCGCCCAUAGUCCUGGUGAAGAACUAUUUACCACCUAUGGAGCCAGGUCCAACAUGCUGCUCUACAGAACUUAUGGUUUUACGCUUCACCCGAAGGAGGAACCAAGUUUUACGUGACCACCAGGUCAGGCCCAUCAUGAAGAUAUUCAUGGACGAUGAAGAAGCGAGGCCGUUGAUUUUGCUGGAGACAUCUCACAUUGAUGACUCGUUGUGCCAAGUCCUCAAUAAGGUGGCCAGGAAGGGCAGCGAUGCUAUUGAGUUCUUGCGACUCCUGUGUGCCAGGAGUCGUUGGAGCUACGAGCAAGAUGAUAGGAUCAGGCCUGCUCUGGAUGCAUUGGCACGUGCACGGGAUGCAGACCCGGGCAGCCAUGCUUGGUGGAAACACAUCGAUGAGACACACAAGGAACUUGUGCAGCAGGACAGCGUCCGCGUGAUCAUGAGCGAAUACCUCUGCCUCACAGCCCAUUUGGAGGCCGCCGACGCCGCGGAUGCCUCGGACGAUGCCGCGGAUGCAGGGUCGUAUCUCUCCAGUUGUGAGGCCUGGCGGAAGAGCUUGGUGAAAGCCUUGCGCCUGUGUAAGACUGGUGGCUUCUCCAUCUCCUCUGCCACUCCUGCCUGA